UCCUUUCUGUUUUGGUCUGCGCGGAACUAGUUUCCAAUGUGGCGUUAGCUGUGGCAUGAGGUUUUCAGGGAUAAUAAAAAUAUGGGUUUUAUACCUAAAAACAAAGAACUGGACUGAUGGCAGGUAGAUGUAACAAGGUCAGGUAAAAGCGUGUAUGCUUACAGGAUGGCCGACAGUGGAACCGAAACGCCGAGCAUAGCUUAUAAAGUGUUCACGUUUGAAGACGAGAGGAAAAACGCACGGGAGUCCCUCUGUGUCUCCAUACCCGAGGUCCUCGACCCGCAGUUUGGCAUGUAUGUGUGGCCGUGUGCGGUGGUGCUGGCUCAGUAUCUGUGGAUGCACAGAGAGGAGCUGAGAGGGAAGAAGAUGCUGGAGCUCAGCGCAGGCGUGAGUCUGCCCGGCGUGGUUGCGGCGCGGUGCGGUGCCGUGGUGAUCCUGUCAGAUGCCGCUGACAGACCGGCGUGUUUGGAGAACUGCAGGCGCAGCUGCGAAGCCAACGACCUCAGCGACGUGCCAGUGGUGGGUGUCAGCUGGGGUGAGAUCUCCCCGGACCUCGUCCUGCUCCCCGAGCUGGACGUCAUCCUGGGCUCAGACGUCUUCUACGAUCCCGAAGAUUUUGAAGACGUCCUUGUGACCGUUUUUUUCCUGCUGAGAAAAAACCCCAAAGCCGAGUUCUGGACGACGUACCAAGUACGAAGCGCCGACUGGUCGAUCGAGGUGCUGCUGCACAGGUGGAACCUGAGCUGCAUCGAGGUUCAGCUCGACCAGUUUGAUGCCGACACACCUGAGCUGGCCGGGUCUAAUCUGCCCGGCAACCACAGCAUCCAGAUGAUGAAAAUCACCCUGAAGACAGAGGAUGCUGGACAGAAGGCCGUCCACAGAGCUUCACCAUAACCUCAACCACACCAGCAGCACCCAGGCUAACCAGUGACUCAUGGUGUCUGGUCAGACCUGCUGUCAGGGCUGCUUUUCCAGUCCUGACAGGCUGAAGCUGGAGGCUGUGCUUCCUGCUGUGAGCAGCAGAGGGCAGCGUUUCACCGAACUUGACACCUGAGGUCACAAUGAUUAAACUUCCUCGUAAGCGAGC